AUGAACCAAAUUGUUAACACCGAUAAAACUGUAAAAAAGGAGCUGACAACUCGGUGGAAAAAGUUAUUAGUUUCGAAAAGAAAGGGAAAAUGGAGUCUCGGUGGCGAAAGGUUAUCAGUCAUCAUAAGAAGCAAGCUGUCAACAUUAUUCUUUGAAAACAGAUGUCGGUGUCGGCAAAGAAUUUUUUCUGAAAUUUCUCAUGGGUUCUAUACCAAUAAUCGAAUCAUUUUUCUUUUUAAGAAUGGGAUUGCAUAUUUUCUCAGAAUUCCAGAUUUUGUGAUGAAAGCGCUUUUGUUGAUUCUACUUGUGUCCAGCGUGGUAUGCGAUGCACCCAUGAAAUCUCCGAUGUGCUUGUGUGCUCCCGGCCAAAUUUGCACUAAGGGAACAUGCCAUGAUUACUUGAUUCCGAAUCGUGCGCGUCGAUCGACCGGAUGCGACAAAAGAUGUCCAAUCAAUACCUAUUGCGACAGCGGAAGUUGCAUGAGUUCCUCAUACUUUGGAUAAUUAUUUGUCUUUGCGAUAAAUUGUUCUUAUAUUUAAA